GGGACGAGAGGGGUCUUACACAGAUAAAGUUGCCGGGGGAGUAUGGGGUUCAGGGAGAGGACAGAACACUAUCCAGAGGACCUGAAGAGAGGAGCAGACCCAGCAUAUGCCAGAGAGAGUGUGUGGCUUCCAGGGGCAGAGUUUCCACAAGCUGAAGAGAGUGUGUCUGCGGCGGGGCAAGCUCUUCCAGGACCCCCUCUUCCCCCCCUCUGCACUGUCACUCUUCUACAAACGAGAUCCACCCCCUGGACUCACAUGGAAGAGACCACGGGAGCUGUGUAAGGACCCUCGUCUCUUUGUGGACGGCAUCAGCACGCGGGACCUGCACCAAGGCAGUCUGGGUAACUGCUGGAUGGUGGCGGCCACUUCAUGUCUGGCCUCAGAACCCUCGCUGUGGAAGAAGGUUAUUCCUGACCACAUGGAGCAGGAGUGGAACCCCAAGCGUCCCGACCUGUAUGCCGGAAUCUUCCACUUCCGCUUCUGGCGGCUGGGCCGCUGGACAGACGUGGUGGUGGACGACCGCCUGCCGGUCAACGAGGAUGGAACACUGCUCUUCUGCCGCUCAGCCACGCCACGGGAGUUCUGGAGCGCCCUGCUGGAGAAGGCCUACGCCAAGUUGAAUGGCUGCUAUGAGGCGUUGGAAGGCGGUAACACGGCAGAGGCCCUGAUCGACUUCACAGGAGGGGUGUCGGAGCCCCUAAGCCUGGACAGGGAGGCCCUCACCCUGCACCUCGACCAGAGGAGGGCGCUGUUCCAGACUCUGGCCAAGGCCCAUGGACGCAGAGCCCUCAUCACCUGCUCCAUACGGCCAGCGGACGGGGAGACAGUAGAGUCAGUACUAGACUGUGGUCUGGUGCGGGGCCAUGCCUACGGUAUCACCGCGGUGAGGAAGGUGCGUCUGGGGGAGUGUUCGCUUCUGGGUGGAUGUGGUGGUCGUCUCUGCAUGGUGCGCAUGAGGAACCCAUGGGGUACAGCCGACUGGACCGGGCCCUGGAGUCAGGGGUCUCAACAUUGGCAGCAGGUUGGUCGUGGUGAAAGAGAGAAGAUGGGCCUCAUAGUCAGAGAUGUGGGAGAGUUCUGGAUGGAGUUUGAGGACUUCUGCCGCUACUUCACAGACGUGGUGGUGUGUCGUCUGGUGGAACGAGCCCUGCUGUGGCCCAGAACUCACUGGAGAGAAGUACGCUGCCCUGGGGAGUGGGCUCCAGCCCCUAACACCCCCGGCACCCUCCUCUCUAGCCGCCAUGCACCCAACCUGGGGAAGAACACUGCCAAGCCUGGGGGGUUGAACCAGACUCAGAGAGGGGACCGGAAAGAGGCAAGACUGGGGGAGAGACAGAGGGGUGGAGGGGGAGGAGGUAGAGGUGUUCGUGAUGGAGGGAGGGAGAAAAUGGUUGUUGCGAAAGAGAGGGAGAAGAAGAUGAAGAGGAAGGAGGAGGGGGUGAAGAAGGAGGGAGAGGUGGAUGGAGGAUGGGAUGAACAGACUGAUAAGAACAGUAGGUGUGGAGGAUGCAUCAACCACAAAGACACUUUUCUACACAACCCCCAGUUCAUGUUUGAGGUGCAGGGAAAGGAGGAUGAGGUGUUGAUCUGUCUGCAGCAGGAGGACAGGAGGAUAAAGAGGAAGGAUGGAGGAGGAGAGAAUUUGCCCAUCGGCUUCGAGGUGCUGAGGGUGGAGGUGAACCGGCUAAGCCGUGUGCAGUGUGUGGUGGAGCAGGCAGCGAGCUCUGUGUACAUGGACUCCCGUAGUGUGGCCCUGCGAGUGACCCUGGGCCCCGGCCGCUACGCCCUCCUCCCCACCACCUUCCAGCCUGGGGCCACCGGACGCUUCCUGAUACGCCUCUUCUCACAUUCCCACCUCAGACUCAGUGAGUUGAGAGAGGAGUUGCCUGCUCCCUCACUGUGGCAGUGUUGUCUUCCCCAGCCCAUUAUAGUGACCACCGUCCACCUACGUCGAGCAUCUGGACUCAGCCAGCCUAAACAGACCGCACCAGAUGUGCAUGCUGUGAUCUGGUGUGAGGAUGACACCAUAAGAACACAUGUGUUCAAGGAGGAUGGAAACCCAGAGUUCAAUAUGAGGGCCAUUUUCUACAGGAGAUACCCAGACGCACAUAUUAGCAUUGAGUUGUGGUGCCAUGGUCUACUGUGGGACACACUACUGGGCAGGGCUCGCCUCCAGACUAGCGACAGCGAGAAGGGGAGGAGCCGAGUGAUUGAUCUGCAGGGUGGCCAAUCACGGUCAGGAUCCAGGGGCUGUAUCUAUGUGGAGACCUCAUCCAGCAAAUGCCUAACAGACUUAUAACUGACAGCUGUGGCUUGUUCCACCCACGAUACAACCAUGCAAUCAAUGUUUUUUUGGAAGAGGCCGCAGAUUUGGACGAAGAUGGUACCGGUUCAAUAGCUUUAUCCAUUUGGGGUAAAACAAUUAAUAAAUUGGGACUCCCAUAAAUAACAAUGACAAAUACCUCUUUGAUUUAACUUAAUGCAUAUACACUGAACAAAAAUAUAAAAGCAACAUGUAAAGUGUUGAUUCCA